CCUGACUGGACUGUCCGCUGCGGUCCGGCUGAUUCGAACAGGUUCCAGGUUUUUUGGUUUUGGACCUGUUUUUAUCUCCUGGUUCUGUUGGUUCUGUUUCGGACUUUUCCGAACUUAUUUUGUGUUUUCUGGAAUUUCGGGUCAGUUUUCCCAUUUUUCCCUGUUCGGUUCGGUAUUUCCUGCUGGAACUGACUGGAAUGUAAUUGUGAGUUCUGAAGAGAAGAACCUCAGUCAGAACCAGUACCGGCUCUGAGCGGACCUGAAAUGCCGGUUCUGCUGGUCCUGGUUCUGAUUCUGGACCCGCUCUCCUGCCGGGGCGCUCCUCCGGUCCGGUCCUCCAUCCCUGACCCGGUUCUGUAUUUGGACCUGCUGGAGGAGCCGGGAGGGGGCAACGGAACCGGGCUCGGGCCCUGCGGACCGUGCGACCCGGAGCUGUGCCCGGAGCUCCGCGGCUGCCCGGCCGGCCUGGUUCCGGACCGCUGCGGCUGCUGCGCGGAGUGCGGGAACCUGGAGGGCCAGGCCUGCGACCCGGGGGCCCGGGCCCGGUUCUACGGGCUCUGCGGAACCGGGCUGCGGUGCCAGGCGGACCGAGUCGCAGGACAAGGAGGAGAUGAUGAAGAGGAGGAGGAGGAGGUGUGUGUGUGCGAGCAGCAGGGGGCGCUGUGCGGCAGCGACGGAACCACAUACCUGAACCUGUGUCGGUUCAGAGAGGCCGCCUUCUCCGACCCAGAGCUUCGAACCGCGGGGACGGGUCCCUGCAGGACAGCCCCGGUCAUCAAGGUGGGCCCCCAGGACCAGCUGAACGGCAGCGGCAGCAUCAUGCUGUUCCUGUGCGAGGUGUUUGCGUUCCCCAUGGCGCUGGUGGAGUGGAGGAAGGACGGGCGGGACGUCGUCCUGCCUGGAGACGACCCCCACAUCUCUGUCCAGGUAGGCCCCGCCCCGUCUGAGAGCCGCAGCGUCCCGUUCCCUUGGACACCGGCCGUCCUCUGUCCCCAGACCAGGGGCGGGCCUCUGAGGUUCGAGCUCUCCAGUUGGCUGCAGAUCGAGGGGGCGGAGCCUGGAGACUCUGGAACCUAUCGCUGCAUUGCUCGCAACGAGCUUGGAUCGGUCUCCGCCUCGGCUGUACUGGGAGUACUGGGAGCAGGUGAGACACAACUGGGAGGGGGGGAGCUUAUACUGUCCAACCUGUCCUUCCUGUCUGUGCGUCCAGAGGAGCCGUCAUCUGGAAGGAAGCAGCUGCUGGAUGACCUCUGACCCCUUGGUGAUGAUGUCGCUUCCUGUCACCAGACCCAGUCAAGGCACAAUCACAGACUUUUAUUUUGGUAGGGCGACAGGAUUUAGAUAUGAGGGGCUUAUGGUGGAAUUCAGUUUUUCAAAAUAAAAGACCUAGCAGCUAUUUGGGCCGACUUCCUGUUGAAUUUGAAUCUGCUUCCUGUAAAAUCUGAUAAUAAACCAGAAUAUUAAAUUUUUUGUGUUGAUCUUUGACCUUUUCCUCAAUAAGCAAUUUUUCCAACAGCUGGAAACCAAGGUAACCAUCUUCAUCCUCCUCUCUCAGUUCAGGCAGGAAUCCAUUAGACUGGAUUAACCCUUUACUGGUUCCACUGGGAGGAGCUGAGACAGAACCCACAAGUAGUGUUCACUAACUAGUUCUGACCCAGUUCUGGAGGCUUGGCUGUAGAACCAGGAUCUGGCUCCAGUCUGUCGGCUUUCAUCUGAGGAUCUUAACUCUGAGGUCGUCCUCCACUCAAUCAUCUGGUUCUGAUCCGGACGGCCUCCACACACACACACAC